AUGUACAGUAAGAAUGCAGAUUUUGUAGAGUGCGAACAGAAAGUGCUGGAGUACUGGAAAGAGAACAGGUGUUUUGAAAGAAGCUGUGAUUUAAGCAAAGGACGGGAGAAGUUUACCUUCUAUGAUGGUCCACCAUUUGCAACAGGACUGCCGCAUUAUGGACACAUUCUUAGCGGAACAGUUAAAGACACUGUGACAAGGUUUUUCUACCAACAAGGAUUUGAUGUAGACCGCAGGUUUGGGUGGGACUGUCACGGGCUUCCUGUUGAGUAUGAGAUUGAUAAGAGCCUGGGAAUAAGCAGUAGAGAAGAGGUGCUAAAGAUGGGAAUAGCAAAGUAUAAUGCAGAGUGCAGAGGAAUAGUGAUGAAGUACAGUAAGGAGUGGGAGGCAGUUGUUGAAAGGCUUGGACGAUGGAUAAGCUUUGAGAAUGGAUACAAGACGAUGGAUCUAGAUUUUAUGGAGAGUGUGUGGAAUGUCUUUAAGAAGCUUUUUGAGAGGGGAUUGAUAUACAGAGGGUUUCGAGUGAUGCCGUUUUCUACAACAUGUUCCACGCCGCUGAGUAAUUUUGAGUCGAAUCAGAACUACAAGGAUGUAAGUGAUCCAUCAGUUCUGAUCGCUUUUCCGUUGCUUGAGUCACUUGAAGGACAGAAGGUGAGUAUGAUUGCAUGGACGACUACUCCAUGGACACUGCCAGCUAAUUGUGCGCUUGUGGUGAACCCGGAGUUUGUUUAUGUGAUGUUUGAGCACAAAACAGGAUGCUACUUGAUGUGUGAACAACGAGUUGACGAGUAUUUCAAAGAUGUGAAGGUGAUCAAGAAGAUGAAUGGAAAUGUACUUGAGGGUUUGGAAUAUGAGCCACCAUUUAGGUAUUUUGAAGAGUACAGAAAGAAGGACUUUUUCAAGGUACUUGGGUCUGGAUUUGUUACGAGCACUGAUGGAACAGGAAUAGUGCAUUGUGCACCUGGAUUUGGAGAGAGCGACUACAAUGUAUUUGUUGAGAAAGGAUUAAUACGUGAGAAUGAUCUUGUGCCGUGCCCUGUUGAUGAGAAUGGAAAAUACACGGACGAGGUAAGCGAAUAUGCAGGAAUGUAUGUGAAAGAUUGUGAUAAGAAGAUUUUAGAGGCGAUAAAAUCUAAAGUAAUGAUGAAUAACAGGAUAGUUCAUAAAUAUCCGUUCUGUUGGAGAUCUGAUACACCUCUUUUAUAUAAGCUUGUUCCGAAUUGGUUUGUUAGAGUCAAGGACCAUGUUGGAAGGCUUUUACGUAAUAAUGAAAAGAUCAACUGGGUGCCUGAGGGAAUCAAAUACAAGAGAUUUCACAACUGGCUGGAGAAUGCAAGAGAUUGGUCGAUUUCUAGGAAUAGGUUCUGGGGCACGCCGAUACCUUUAUGGGUUACGGGAGACUACGAAGAUGUGAUUUGCAUUGGAUCAGUUGCAGAGCUUGAGGAAUUGAGUGGGAAGAAGAUUGUUGAUAUACAUCGGGAGAGCAUUGACGACAUUGUGAUUGUGAUAGAUGGAAGAGAGUAUAGGAGAGUUGAUGAGGUUCUUGAUUGUUGGUUUGAGAGUGGAAGCAUGCCAUAUGCUCAAGACCAUUGGCCAUUCAGUGAGUCUAAUAAGAAUAAUGAAGGAAGCAAUAAUGCAGAGAGUUUGGAAGAUAGGAUUAGGAAGAUGGGUAUAGGAGAAGAAGGUAAUCUAGUGAAGCAAGGAUUCCCAGCGAAUUUCAUUGGGGAAGGACUUGAUCAGACACGUGGAUGGUUCUAUACGCUACAUGUGAUCUCUUCGCUUUUGUUUGACCAGCCAGCGUUUCUGAAUGUGAUAGUGAAUGGAAUAGUGCUUGCAGAAGAUGGAUUGAAGAUGAGCAAGAGGUUAAAGAAUUAUCCGGACCCAUGCCAUAUACUGAAUACAUAUGGGGCUGACUCUCUAAGGAUGUACCUGAUAUCUAGUCCAGUUGUUGAAGCUGAGAAUCUACGAUUCAAUGAGAAUGGUGUGAAGGAUGUGCUGAAGACAUUGAUUAUUCCAUGGUAUAACUCUCUAGGGUUUUAUAUUGAAAGUAAGAAUGGAUUGGAUAAUGUAGAGCAACAUUGUGAAGUGAAACAGCACAAAGGAGCACUUGCGCUUGAUGAAUGGAUCAAAAUGUCUCUGGGAAACUUUGUUAAAGCUGUGGAGACACGAAUGAAGAAGUAUGAGCUUUCUGGAGUGCUGAGUCUAGCACUUGAGUUUUUGGAUGAUUUAUCGAAUUGGUACAUUAGGAUGCACAGGAAGGAGAUUAAGGCAGGGCAUUAUGAAGUACUUGGAGAAGUAUUGAGGAUGUUUUCAAUUGCCAUGGCGCCAUUUACGCCGUUUUUCAGUGAGUAUUCGUACCAGUCGGUGAUGCCUGGAGAAAGUGUGCAUUUCCAGAAGUAUCCUGAGUGUAAAGGAGGAAGCCAUGUAUUUGAAGAAGCAAAGAAAGUUAUAUGUGCAGUAAGACGGCUCAGGGAGGCAAAUGCGAUAUCAUUGAAGACACCACUGAAAAGUGUAAUGCUGCUAUGUACUAGUGAAUUAUAUAGCCAGAUACAAGAGUACCUUGAUGUCAUUAUGAAAGAGUGUAAUGCUCUUGAUGUGAUUCAUAAGGAGGAUGAUUUGAGUAUGCUUGAGAUCAGUGUAAAGCCGAAUUUUCAGGGAUUGAAAAGUAGCGGUGAAUGCAUGAAGAAAAAGAUGGAAAUUAUACGAGGUCUGUCAAAAGAUCAGGCAGCAGUGCUUAUGAAUGGAGCAUUGAAUAUUGAUGGAAUGGAGAUUCUGCCGAGUGAUGUGCUUAUUAGCAAGAAGAUUUUAUGCGAUUCUGGGAUAUCUCAAGCAUUUGAUGGAUUUGGCAUUAUUAUUGAUAAUACAAUGAAUAGUAAGGUUAUUGAGAUGAAGAUAGCAAGGGAAUUCCACAGCUAUAUUCAGAAACUCAGGAAGAGUUCAGGGUUGAGUGUGAGCGAUGAUGUGGAUGUGGAUGUUGAAUGUCAAGAGCUUAAAGAAACUGUUUCGAGGCAUUUUGGAAUAUCAUUUGGUGAUUUGGGUAUGCUAGCAGGAGAAGGCACAUAUGAAUUCAAUCAGUCUGUGUAUCGUGUCUGUCUUUACAAGAGACAUUGA